AUGUUCUCCGACGGGGGGGCCACGGCGCCCGGGGAGCCCAAGGGCUUCAAGCCCCACACCCCCCACUUCAUCCCCUGGCUGCGCAACAGUCUGAAGGCGCAGCACAGCGCCGGGGACCUGGGGCUCAACGGAGCGUACAAAGCCCCCCCAGAGCCCCGCAGCGGCCUGGCCCCCCCGGAGAGAGCCAGGGGGAUGGGCCUCUUCUCCAUCCCGGGGAGGGACAGGGCCAAGAAGGGCGAGCUCCGCUACAACGGGCUGGGGAUGCUGCCGGUGGUGCUGCGGGGGCACCACCUCCUGCCGGGGGGUCUGGGGAAGCAGAGGGAGGACGCCCCCCCCCGCUGGAACCAGACCAAAGAGCCGGACUCUAACUCCAGCCGGAGCCAGGACCACCACACAGGUGGGAGGAAGCCCGGUCAGCAGCCACAGGACGACGGGACGGGCCCCUCCGGGAGGAAAUACGGGCCCCUGGUGGGGCCUCUGGUGGGGCCCCCCCCCACCCCCGUCUGUCCGCCGCCCACAGAGGGGCCGGAGCAGGGCCCGGUGGUGCUGCUGAUGGAGGGGCAGAAGCGGAGGGGGGGGGACUACAGCAGCCGCACCACGCUCCGCCACAGGGACCGCCACGCCUCCAGCUGGCUGGGCCCCGACUCUCAGGGGCCCCCGGGGGGGCCGCAGGGGCUCAGCCACAUCCACACACACCUGUGGAGCGCCCAGAGCCAGAGAGACCUCCGCGCUGUGGGGGACACACCUGUGGAGCGCUGCAACGGGCUCCUGUUCUCCACCCCGGCCCCUCACACAGGCUUAGGGUUCACCACCACCGUACGGGGGCCCAGGAGGGCCAGGCCCACCUCGGACAGGAUCUCCCUCCCGGGUCAGGACCAGACGUGGGUGCAGGACCGGCCCAGCGGCCGGCGCCAGUCCCAGGAGGCGGAGGCAGGCGGCAGCAGGAAGCUGGUCCGGAACCAGAUCCAGCGCGUGGUGGACAACCUGGAGCAGGUUCUCAAAGCCCUGCGGGACGUCCAGCAGGAGAUGAAGGAGGUGGUGCAGCAGAUCGACUAUCUGACGUCCUCCAUUGAUCUGGAUGAGGAGGAGCCCCCCCCUCCUGGAGACACCCGCCACAGUUGGGGUUUCAUUUCCGGUGAAGGGAGAGUGGUCAGCAGCCCCCAGCGGCCCACAGAGGGCCACGGGCAGCCGCCCCCCCGGAGCCGCCCCCCCCAGAGCGCCCCGCUCUGCCUGCUCCCCUCCGGGCUUCUGUCAGACACGAACCCAGCCCUCCGCUUAACCUGCGACCCCUCCUCCUCUCCCAGAGAAGCAGGGCUGCUGCCACCCGCCACAAACGAGCUCGUCUCAUCUGACCCCCCCCAAAACCGGACCUCCAACCAUCCCAUCCUCUGCCCCCCCCCAGACUCAGACACUCAACCUGCACCCACCACCGACGCAGAGCGCCGGGCGUCCUCAGCCGGACCGGAGUCUGCAGCCCCGGGGGGGCCCCCCAAAAGCCAGGGCCGGCGGGGCCGGAAGCCCCCCCCCUACCCCCACAACCCCCCCCAGCUCCCAAAGGAGCCCCGCAAGGCCCCGCCGUACCCGGAUAAAAGAAGGCUGCUCUCAACCACGGUGUGA